CAGCCAUGCACGUUGCUCUGGAUCGAUGCAAUUUGCAUAAAUCAACAGGACCCUCUUGAACGAAGUAAGCAAGUUAACAUUAUGGAUUUUGUCUAUACUCGAGCUUCGUAUGUUCUGGUCUGGCUUGCAUCUGAGGUACCAACCGGGACUCCGAAUGUUCGCUUCGACAACAAACACGAACAAUCAUGGUCUGGCGACGACGUCAAGAAGUUUUGCAUAUGGGUCUCGUCCAAUCCCUAUUGGAAAAGGCUCUGGGUUAUCCAAGAAUUCGUACUCGCAGCGGGCUUGAAAAUUUGUAUUGGGAAUAAUAUAUGGACCUUCGAAAAGUUUUUGAGCCUAAUGGGCAUUAGGGUUAUAUUCGACUUUACCCUGCAGGAGAAGAGGGUAGAGAGUCUCAGACGAGUAUACCAAUUCAAUGGACAGUACGAGUACAUCGUACAGCUGGUUAGAGAAAGGUUCGAACGGCACAAGCGGUCGAGUCGACUUGAGUCCGUGCUGAAAAAGUUCCAGUAUGCACAGUGCCAAGACCGGCGAGACAAGAUUUUUGGCUUCCUUGGCAUUGCUAACGAUUGCCACGAUGGCUCUCUCCAAGCCGACUAUACCAAGCCAAUGUCCGAAGUCUUUGCUGACGUUCUUUGCCAUUUCUGUCGAUCGGGCAACCUUCAAAGCAGUGUGCUAAAUGCUGUGGACAUCCAAACGCGCCUAAUCCAACAUAGCCGAUUCAUCGGCAAGUUGGUCGGAGGAGACAACUGGGCGACCUUGGCUAGUGGAGGCAAUAGCAAAUAUGAGAUUCAAGUCAGAGGGGCUCACUGUGGGGAAAUUCUUCACAUAGGCCCAACCUACGAAGACAUGGUUUCUUCCGCAGCUGCCAACAAAAAUUGGACUGCCAGUUUCGAUACACACUACCAAAAUCCAGGAAGUAGUGAGAGGAUAAGGAUAGCAAACCAGAAGUAUGUAUCUGUUAUGAUCAAAGAUAUGGAUCAGGAGAGGCUCGCAAGAGUUCAAGCAUUCCGCUUACAGCCUUGCUAUGCACGAAUCUUUCGAGAGUGGCCAAGCCUGUUUACUAGCAACAAAGACAACUGGACCUAUCGAGAAAGACGUUCUAGCGGUUGUACAACACCUUGCAGCAAUAUUUCGAAACCCCUGCCGAAACCAAAAAUGUUUCUCGGUAGUGAUCUUGUCUUAGGUUUGGCACCUGGAGAAGCUCAAGUAGGAGAUGUCAUCUGCCGCUUUGUGAACACGGAUAUCACUGCACUCCUCCGAAAGGAAGGCUAUUUUGGGUCUUAUCGACUCAUUGGCAGGAUCGAAGUAAAUCACAUUCCGUUGCUAGAAAAUCUGGGACCAGUGGGAUAUAUGGAUAUACCGAAUGUCAACGCCUGGUUAAACUACGGUGGUCUACCUAAUGGCACGCAUUUCAUACUUAAGUUGGAUCUGGAAACGCUUGUGCUCUUGAUAAGAUAAAGCAGCCCUUCUCACCUUCCUAAUAAAAACAGAUCUCGUGUAGGGGAGGAUUCAGGUUAAACAACCAGCUGUUAUUGCUAUUGCUUUCUUUCCUGUGAGUGCAGCAUAAUAUGGGUCGUCGUAGGGGUUCGCAAGGCUCAAUUCUCAAUCACUCUAACCUGCCUGUCUAAAUAAUUCCAUUAUUGCACUUCGG